AUGAAGAUGGACGGCAACAAGGUAAGACAUUUGUGUACGUUUUCCCUUAGUUUUGCGACGAGAGUGGAAAAAAAUGUGUUAUUAAUAAUUAAAUAGAUGCAGGUUUGCCGCUGUCAGCGGUAAUUUUCAAUUAUCCUAGCCUGCAAAUACAGCCCUUUCUCCUUGCUCCUCGUCGCUAGGGACGUUUCAUCAGGAGGAACGUCUGCACCUCAGCGACAGAAAUUCCAUACUAAUGACGUAAAAUUGCAAAAUCUGGGGGAGCAUAACCCCAGCCUCCAAGUUUGAGGCGCCUUCGGCGCUCUAACUUUUCUUCUCGUUGGUACAUGCUAAGUCCUUGGACCUGACAGAUGUAAGUAUGAAGAACACCUCUUAGCUUCUGGAAUAUCUCGGUCAGCAGCAGAGGUCAUCCGCCCUUCCUGUCAGACGAUGUGAAGGUUUUCAUCAAAACGCACUCUGAAGCCUGCUUUCUGUACUUGCGAAUACGUGAGAGUUAAAGAUAAUUGUAUUCAAUUCGGCAUUUUUCAAUCGCAUCAAUGAUUAAAGAGUGCAGUAUUUGUUUACUUUUUUUUCUAUCGGUGGCCAUUAACGCCAUUUCGCCUGCUGUGGCUAAUUUCAUUUUAUAAAGCUGGAGAAACAAGGACGUUGUAGAUCUUCUUUUCACUGUAAUGGAUCUUUCAUUGCAAAUUCCUUUUUUUUCUUUUCCGGAAAGGAUGUUGUCUUUAGAAGAAAAAAGAAACCUUAAUUUGAACUUUUCUUUUUCAAGGAUAUUUUUCUUAUUUCUUCCUUCUUUCUACCAUAGCAAACAUUUCACUACAAUUCCACUCUCUGGAGAAACAAAGAAACCUUUAACCUUGAUGGAGGGAAGACUGGGUUUGACUCGCAGGAGACCAAACUGCCCUCCUACUGGAACACAUCCUUCUCCAAGAUCUGCCUCGGUAUGAAGAUUGGCCAACAGAUCAGGUUUAUUGUCGUCAACAAGCAGGCGAAUUCCUUGUACUCUCUGAUCGCUGAUGGGAAAUACCGCAAAACCUCACUGGGUCGUAAAACGUGGAAGUCACUGAUUGGUUUUAAUGCCUCCUUGCAGUACAACUGUAACAAGGAAGGAUCUAAUAACGCCAGGAGUGAAUGGGUGGAUUAUUAGUAACCAUGGGCCCAAUUGCCGUGCCUGUCGCUCCAGAAUUGGGUUUGGUACUGGAGGGAGGAUUGAUAAGAGCAAAACAUGUGGAAACGACGCAGGGAUCGGGGCUGAUAAUGGUUUCAAGCUCAUCAAGGCCAUGGGGUACGUCUUGGUGCAGUAGAAAGAAACCAUCACGGAAGAAAAUUUUGUUUGUUGAAGUUUUUCUUGUAUCACGAUCACAUUCUAUGUGUUUAUUCGGCAGGCAAUCUGACAGUUCAUCUCCAUGAGCUGCAGUUUGCACACUAACGUUAUAAGUGGUGGUAAAUAUAGUAUUAACUUCAGUACAUGUUUUCUAUUAAAGAUUACCGCCCUGGGGACGAGGUUCAUAGAUUGUAGAUUUGUAAACUAAAGAUUGCUGUUUUACAUAAUUGCGAACAGGGAAAACUUCGGUAUUGGACUGAAAACAUUUAAGUAAAAAAUCUUUAGGGCCUGGAAUAGUGGAUUCAUUUGCAGCAGUAAACGUGUAAAAGGCGAAAACAUUCUAGAACCCGUUUAUUUCCAUCGCUUUCUAGUUAGGCACACUGCAGGUUAUUAGUACUAUCAAAUCCAAAGCCAGGAUCGGCAUCAUUAGUAACAACGAAAACAACUGUAAGUCCUGCGACCCUAGAAUUGGGUUUGGUACUGGAGAAGAACCUGAUCAUAGCACCUCAUGUGGAAACGAAGCUACAGCCGCUCCAGAUAAUGGCAGUAAACACAUUAAGACAAUGGGAUAUAUUUUGGUGUAG